AUGUCAUCUGAAACCAUCCCUCAGAAGCAGAAGCACCCGCAAGGACAGGGCGCCAAGAGCUCCCGAUGGCGUAACGCGCUUGGCAGGGACUGGGCUUUGGUAUCCCUUUUCACCGGCUUAAUGACCGCAGUAAUCGGUUGGUGGCUUGGAAUCCUGAAUGCAGAAAUGGCGUUGGAAGCGCCUUUUGGAUUUUUCCAGCGUAUCGAUAUAGACAGCCAUUGGGAGGAGCACCGAAAAGAGGUGAAAGACACUUUCAUGGCCAGCUGGGACGCCUACGCCAAACAUGCCUGGGGACAGGACCGUUUUCAUCCAAUCUCCAAGACUGGUUCGCAGAUGAGCCCCAGCGGCCUAGGGUGGAUUAUCGUUGACAGCUUGGAUACUCUGAUGAUAAUAAAUCUGACGAGUCAACUCUCGGAUGCGCGAAAAUGGCUUAACCGUGGCCUGACUUAUGGCCAGGAUCAGGAUGUGAACACUUUUGAGACAACAAUCCGGAUGCUUGGAGGACUCCUAUCUGCCCACUAUCUGUCGACUGUGCUUCAUGAUGUCUCGUCUCAACGGGACUAUAUUUAUCUGUCCAAAGCCGUCGAUUUGGCAGAUCGGCUGCUCGGCGCGUAUGAGUCUAGAUCAGGAAUACCGUACGCCAGUGUCAACAUUGGGACCCGGCAAGGACUUCCCUCGCACGCAGAUGGUGGAGCAUCUUCAACUGCCGAGGCCACCAGUGUUCAGCUAGAGAUGAAGUAUCUCGCUCAUCUCACUGGUAAGGAGGUUUUCUGGCGGAAAGCUGAGCAAGUUAUGAAGGUUGUCGAUGAUCAGCAAAGACCGGACGGCCUCCUACCCAUUUUUAUCCAUCCAGACACUGGACGGUUCAGACACCAGGAAAUCCGUCUUGGCAGUCGCGGAGAUUCUUAUUACGAGACAGAAGCUCAUCUGAAUCCAGAGUACUUGAUUAAACAAUACCUACAGACUUCUGGACAGGAGCCCGUUUACCGUGAAAUGUGGGAAGAAGCGUUGACCGGUAUUCAGAAACACCUGGUUACUUCGACCAAGCAUUCGAAACUCCAGUUCAUUGCCGAGCUUCCACAGGGAAUUGGUGGGCAAUUAUCGCCCAAGAUGGAUCAUCUCGUUUGCUUCCUCCCCGGAACAAUCGCACUCGGCGCUACUGAAGGGCUAACCGAGAAGGAAGCACGCAAGCUGCCUAGCUGGACUCCCCAAAAGGAACAGCAGAUGCAACUAGCUCGGGAGCUCAUGAAGACGUGUUGGGCAAUGUACGCGGUUACCGCCACCGGCCUGUCCCCAGAAAUUGCUUGGUUCAGGGCCGAUGAAGCCGACCUUCGAUCUACUUUCGGGUCAUCUAUACGACCUCCAAGCAAGAAUGACGAAGCUUCGUGGAAACGAGACCUUAUUAUUAAACCUCAAGACACACAUAACUUGCAGCGACCAGAGACGGUUGAAAGUCUGUUCUUAAUGUACCGAAUAACGAACGACCCUCUCUACCGAAAAUGGGGCUGGAAGAUUUUCAAGGCGUUUAGAAUGCACACGGCAGUAGGCGAUAAUGGGGGAUACACAUCAUUACAAGACGUCACAAAGGUUCCGGCACCACAGCGAGAUAAUAUGGAAAGUUUUUGGCUAGCCGAGACAUUGAAGAUGGAGGCGUUUGAAGCGUCAUUGAAGACCCUGCUUGUGCACGGCCCAGUCUCACCGGCCGAGCUAUUAGUGGUAUCAACUCAGCCUCAAGACGACAAUUUGGAGAAAUGA